CCCCGCGCCCCCCAGCCGCCGAGGCCGCGCCGAGAAGAUGGCGGCGCCCGUGUCGCCCUUGGUUACUGCGCGCUGCCUGCUGCGGGCUCGGGCGCGGGCCGCCGCCCUGCGGAGAGCAUAUGCGAGUCAGGUGGCAGAUGAGAAGACAGUCACAGGUACUCUUAGAGAUGCUAACGCUAGAGCCUUGUUGGUUUGCAGUGGACCUUUGGAACAUUACGACUUUCUGAUUAAAGAAGAAGAGCUGAAGAAUGAUGAGCAGCAAAGAAGAGUUGUGCAGCACCUGCAAAAGUUGCACGAGAACCUUAAAGGCUACACCAUCAGUUCAAAAAAUCUUCUCUCAAAGCUCUUUGCAAAAAACAAACCUCCAAAAGGUCUUUAUGUCUAUGGAGAUGUUGGUACAGGGAAGACAAUGGUGAUGGACAUGUUCUAUUCUCAUUUAGAAGUAGAAAGGAAAAAGAGAGUCCAUUUUCAUGGCUUCAUGCUAGAUGUGCACCAGAGAAUACAUCGCCUUAAGCAGAGCUUGCCAAAAAGAAAGCCAGGACUUAUGGCCAAAUCAUAUGACCCUAUUGCACCAGUAGCAGAGGAAAUAAGCGAAGAGGCUUCUCUCUUAUGUUUUGAUGAAUUUCAGGUCACUGACAUUGCUGAUGCCAUGAUUCUGAAGCAGCUUUUUGAAAACUUGUUCCAAAAUGGGGUUGUCGUUGUGGCAACAUCUAACAGGCCACCAGAAGAUCUCUAUAAAAAUGGUCUUCAGAGAGCUAAUUUUGUACCAUUCAUUGCUGUGCUGAAGAAAUACUGCAGCACAGUCCAGCUUGAUUCUGGAAUAGACUACAGGAAACGAGUGCUUCCUGCUGCUGGAAAACUUUACUACCUCACAAGUGAAGCUGAUGUGGAGGCUGUCAUGGAUAAGUUGUUUGAUGAGCUGGCUCAGAAACAAAAUGAUUUAACUAGACCAAGGAUUCUAAAAGUGCAAGGCAGAGAGCUGAGGCUGAAUAAAGCAUGUGGAACCAUUGCAGACUUCACGUUUGAAGAGCUGUGUGACAGACCUCUUGGGGCCAGUGACUAUUUGGAAAUAUCAAAGCAUUUUGACACAGUCUUUGUUCGUGAAAUUCCGCUUCUUACCAUGGCAAAAAGGACACAAGCUCGUCGUUUCAUUACUCUUAUUGAUACCUUCUACGAGCAUAAGGUGCGUGUUAUUUGUUCUGCAGUGACUCCUCUCCAAAGCUUGUUCCUGGUAGAACAUGACAAUGGUGAGCUGGAGGACAACAGAGUGUUGAUGGAUGAUUUGGACUUGAGCCAGGAUUCUGCCAAAGGACUCUCCAUGUUUACAGGAGAAGAGGAAAUCUUUGCAUUUCAGCGUACUGUCUCACGGCUUACGGAAAUGCAGACUGAGCAGUAUUGGAAAGAUGGGGACAGAAGUAAAAAACAGUUGUAAUUAAAAGUUGAAUAAAACCACCGAAAAGUAUGCAAAGAAGUAAGACUACAGAAUUGGAAGGCUUUUUAGCACAACUGAAAUAAUAAUUGCACUUUAUCAUCUGGACCAUGUUUCUUUGAUCAAGUGGUUUUCAUGUUUAGGACAUGAGGACUGAUUUAAUUUUCUGUGCCACCGGUGUGUGAACAUGUGAAAUUUUACCUUAAUUUUAUUUUCUGUAAGACAUAACUUUGACGUUCAGGGAGUUUAACUGGAUUAGAAGAUUUCUGGAGUAUUGCUGUAGAGACAAAGUCAGUGGAUUACGCAGGGUUCACAGUAGAUUGAUAAAGUUACAUGAAGAGGGCACUUUGUGGUUCAUGCACUACGUCUGUCAUGUAUAAUGCAGUUUGCACAAGAGAGAUCAAAUGCUUUAUGAAACUCCUGAUGUUCUGUAGCGUUCUCCUAGAACUACUCUGUAGCGUAUUCUGUUUUUUCUUUUCCUGUGUGUAGCCAUCUGCUGACUUUCAGACUCUAAGAGUUUGAUGUAAUCAGACUGUUGCUCAGUCUGGUUAAUUGAAAAUGAGCAGUUUGAUCCAAGAGACAAGACUGAGGAGGAGCUUGAAGGUACUUGAAACCUCAGAGGAUUAAACCCAAGUAAUCAUGUAUGGUAAAAGAAACUAUAAGACAGGGUAUACUGUAACAUGUAAGUGCAAGUUAAUACUUUUCCUGUAUUUUCCCGUUCUUGCAAGCUGGGUGUGCUGCAUUCACAUUACUGAUACAUUUCUAUUCUGAAUUAUCUCAGGCUUCAUCUCUGUGGCACCUUUCACUGCUACUAGCACAUCAGCCCUGGUCUGGGGAUGAUAGUAUGCAGUGCUACUGAGGCAAUUAAUCAUAAUACAAUACAAAUGUGUUUUAUGAAAAAGAUGAGGUAUUAGCUGAUUCCCAAAAUCACAUCACCUAUUCUUAUGUUUGUUGGAAGCUUUCUUCAAGUUAAAAACGCAAUUAAUUGUUGUCAUUCUUGGUUUUAAUCUGACUGAAACAAAAGAUGGUACUGCUUGUAUCGGCUCAUGCUCUACUUUUAUUUAAAAAAAAAAAGUUUUAAAAGCACAUUUUAAAACCCCGAAUAGAGAAAAAUACUAUACAGAUGAUCUGAAAAGAUUGCCACAAUUUCUUAUGGAGGAGAUAUGUAACACAUCAUCCACAAAUUUGAGAGGUUUUCUUGGAUUUUGCAGUGUGACUUUUUCUUGUUACCGUAUGUAUUACCAAGAAUAUUAGUUUCUGCCUUUAUUAAGCCUGAUUAAAUUGUCUGAAUCCUAACCCCCAUCACUAAUACAGAAGGUUUUUUAAAGGGACUUUUUGGUAGGGGAAUUAGGGACUAGAGAGGUCCUGUGUGCUUGGAUGUCUUACAGCAAUACAGGUGCUUUGGGAGUCACGUGCUCAAGUCUGAUUUCCUGUUCUGACCACUUCUGUUUGCCCUGGAAGUUACUUGAACUGGCAAUACCUGUUAUCCAAAUAACUUUUAGAAACUAUGCUUAUCAUUUACAAUUCGUGCGACUAUGUUAUUCGCACAAGAGUGACUACAACUGAGAAUUUUAAUGUAUAUUUAUGAAAAAUCCAAUAAAAAUGUAUUGCACUUAGAUCAAUUUUUCAAUUCCUAAGUAUGUCUUCAGAUAUUUUAAGUUUCUCAACUGAGAGACUAUUGAGAUUCAUGUGGGUGUGUCUGUGUGUAUAGACACAGACAUGCAUAGAUGUAUACUUCAUUCAUACGUACAUGAACGUAGAUAAAGCUAAUAUAUAUAAUUUAAGUGUGUAUGGUUAUAUAUUUAUACACGGCAGUCUGUACUCGUCAGCCUGGCCUCAGCUAGGCUGUAACUGUCCUGAAGUUUCUGCUGAGUCUGGACUUUUUCUUCUAAUAGAAUUCAAGUGCCUCUGGCCUUGUCCAAACCAGAAUUUGUUGUGGGAAAAUGGGAGGUGGUGCUAUGUUCCCUAAAGCAUCUUGCAUCUAGAUAUUUAUAUGCAUUAUUUAAAAAAGUGUGCGUGUUUAGCUUGUAUGUCUUCCUCCGUCAUGUGGUAUAAGGGAAAUGCAAAUAAUUGCAGAAAUACAGGUGAGACAUCUGGGACACGUGAGAGAGGAGUUCUGGCAGGCUUUGUAUUCCCACAGAGACUCAGGCCGUGGAAGUGAAGUGGUUUUCCACGGUCUGUGUGGGUGCUGACUGAUCUCAUUUAACCAGGGUCUGCUGGGCAGAUAUGCUUGUGCUCAAACUGGUGCAGCAAAUACCUGAUGGUAUUUGAGGCUUUUCUGCAUUGUGUGCGCUGAUCCCAAACUUGGAUACUCCAACUUUUUGGAAGCACAGCUCCUAACGCAGCAGGCCAGUGGAGUCACUGAAAGCCUCCUGGGAUGCAGGUGAACUCUGUCAAGCCAUGGGAGGGAAGUCAAGUUCCCUGAGCUUCCAGAGCCAAUGCAAGCUUCCAAAGUGUAUUCCUAAACAAAGCCAUAGGGCACUCUGGACUUGGCCAGCAAGGAAGUUCUCUGCUGGGAUUCGUUGGUAGGUGCUGGCAGCAAUGAGGCAGAGGAAAUGGGGAGUACUUCAGAAGUGUUUUGGGGCUGAAAGAGACUGAAAACAGGAAAAGCUGCUUAAAUCACUGUGCAGUACCUGUGGUUGCACGGGAGAGUGUGGAUUGCCGCUUUGAGGUCAGGACCACAGGGAGAGAUUGACGGGACCAAUUUGUCAGGCAGCCCGGACGCUGGGGCAGGGAGUGAUCCCUGCAGUAACCACAGAAGCGGCGUGCCUCUGUGCAGCCGUGUCCUUAAAGAAAGCGAGGCCCUGCGUGCUUCUUGUAUGGUGCUGCUUUUAUAAUUGUGUGGCACGCAUAAAGUCUGCUUCCAACAGGAAAUUUGGGGUGAGAGGGCUGCUGCUGAGGCCAGACGGCUUCCAGGCAGUUGGGCACUGACCGGGAUCUGUCGCUGAGGCACGAUGGGUGGAGCUGGGUGCGACCUGCCCAAGGUGCUCAGUGCUCCGGCAGUCCCAUCCCCUGCUGCCUGGCCUGCUCCUCGCUGCCAGGAGACAGCAGCUGUCCUUCGCUUUCUGCUCCCACGUUAAGAUGUUUCACUUGCCAAAAUGUAAACAGUGAAAUGCCUGCGAAUGAAUUGCACACACUCCUUAAUGGCCUUAAAAUUGCUGGAUUUAUGCUGCAUGCUUCCAUCCAUCAGAUCUGGAAUGUUUUUAUCUAUCCUUUAUUCAUUCCACAAACGUUAUUGCUGAGUUAUUUUAAACAUCUUUUUGAGUAACCUUAUUGAUGUGGUAUGAGAUUUUGCUGCCAUAGAAAGUAAAAUCCUUGUGAUUAUGGACCAUGUGAAGCGUUUCAUGUUGGCUUAUGAAGGCCACGUCCUGGCUGAGAAUCUCUUGGUAACUUGUUUCAAAUACUCAAUUGACAAAGCUGUUCAGAAUGCCCAACAAUUUGAACUACAACCUCUAUGAGUGUAGUUACUCCAUCCCUAUAGACGAUCUAUCUUGAAAGCUGUAUUUUCAGUUCGCAUUCUUGUGCUGCAGCUCUUAUUUAUUUUUUUAAUAAAUAACACAAUUGUAUCUUUCUAAACUAUUGCUUUUCAGUAUUUACCUUUGCACAAAUUGAGGGAACAAUUGCAGUGUUUUGGGUAUAAUGAGACAGCCUACCGAAGGUCUUCAUAGGAAUUGAAGAUGCACUUCUUGCUGUUGUCAUUAUUUUAAUCUAAAAGGGAAAAAACAUUAAUGGGUUUUCAUGAGUAAAUGUGAUCAUAACGACACUACAGCUGGAUAGAUGUCACCAGUUCUGCAGUAAUUUAAACAUGAACAAAAUGACCAGGUUUCAAACAGUGCCCAGCAUGGUCACCAGGCAUCUAACAAGGAGGGAGAACAGUCUCUCCGUCAAGACCUGUCUAAGAGGAUCAAGAUUUGGGGUUUUCUUUCUGCAGUUGUCUGGAGCUUCGUUACCCCUGCACCUCAGUUUCCUCGUUGAUAAAAUGGGAAUUGUGUUAUUUCCUUAUUUGCUAGCCCUGGAGUGCUGCCAGGCUUAACUCAUUAAUAUUCUAAGAUGUUUUCUGAGGCUCUGGGAUGAAAAUACUUCAGUAAAGUAUGUAAAUAGUGCAAAAAAUAAUUUAGCUACUCCAAGUGGAUUAGUUUCCUUGUUUGGGUUACAGAAUUAAUACCUUCAACUAAACACCAUGUGCCUCUUUGCAGAGUAAUUUUUUUUUGUACAACAUGUCUAUUUUAAAGAAAAAAAUAUCUGAGGUAUGUGAUUAAAAACCAAACCAGUUCAUGUAGUUUUUCUUCUACCUGUAAUGAUAGAUUUCCUUUAUGACUUAUUACAACCUUAGCUCCUGUACUUGUGAACUGCAGUGGCUUUGUAAAUUUUGUUGAGAUUUACAUUUGAAUGUAAACUGAGAAUUUUUUAAACACAGAAUUGAGUCUAAUAUAUAACAAACCGAACCCUGUUAAAUCUGUCUUAAUUGAAAAUAUUUUGUUGUAAUAAAAAAUAAAUCCAGAUUUUAUAAGCAUU